UCCACCAACAAGCUAUCAUCAACGCUAUUAGCGGCGCAGCGGCAGCGACAAGGGAGCAUGGAUUAGCCGAGCAGGGAGCUCACAUCCCCGGUGUGUUCCUGACAAUCACCGCCCGGCUCUGGAGCCCUUUCGCCCGCUCGUAAUUAGUGGCUUCACCCACCGCUGGAGCUCCGGGGAGUUUCAGGUCGGAGCAGCGAGCAGGCUCGCUGGGACAACACGGCUCUCUCACCGAGCAGGAGGAUGGUGGUCCCGGACAGCGGCAGUGUGGUCCCCCAGCCUGACAGUGGCAGCCCCAUGGAGAGCUCCAAGACCGGGUGCACGGAGGAAGUGGAGGGGGGCCAAGACCUGGCAGGGGUGGAGCUGGAGGAGGUCCGAAAGCUUCAGGAGCUGGUCCGCAGGCUGGAGGUCCAGAAUGAGACCCUGCGCACCAGGGGGAGCAACAAGGCCAACAUCCACAGAGGUGCCAGCGACAACAGCAACGUCACAGCGGCCGCCAACAUCAACGAGGGGCUGACCCUGCCGUGCCUCAGGUUGGAGCCGAGCGCCGAAUUGGGCAGCACAGACUUUGAGCUUUCCCCCCCACAGGACAGCAACAGCAGCAGCGAGGAGAUGUCCCCUCUACCUGUGACCAACAGGCUGGAAGAAGAGGAGGACGAAGACGAGGAGCGGGAUCCGUGCGGGGGGUUUCUCACCUUGACCUACAGCAACGGAGCGGGGGAUCCCCAAGGGCAAAGUCAGACGCCAGAGAGCCCCUCUCAGGAAAGUUAUGAGUCAGAGACUCUUGCAGAAAGCGACUCAGGGGUGGACCAAACGGGACUGGAUGAGGUGGACGUCCUGGAUUUGGAGGAUGAGUGUGCAGCAGUAGAGGAUGAGGACAGCUGGUUAUAUGUGUCUCCUAAAAAGCAAGUAGCAGAUGCGGGCCCAGAGUCUCCACUGAAAUGGUGUCGGCAGGCUCUCGACCAUCGCAGCCCAGAGACAGAGAAGGCUUGUCGGUUCCUGAUCAACCGCUUGGAUCAGACUACGUCUCGAUGGAGGAACAUGUACAGCAGCCCGUCGGCUGAGGCAGGAUCAGGCCUGAUCUCUCCUGGGUACCACAAAUCAACUAACAAAUCCCUACUAACCUGUGGCAGCUCAGGUGUCACAGGCAUGCAGUCCGCCCUGAGCUCCCAGUCUUCUAUAGACAGUGAGCUCAGCACGUCAGAUGACUCCAUCUCUAUGGGCUACAAGCUGCAGGAUCUCACUGACGUCCAGAUCAUGGCUCGCCUACAGGAAGAGAGUCUCAGGCAGGAUUAUGCUUCCACAUCAGCGACUGCAUCACGCCGCAGCUCCACAACAUCUCUUCAGUCCUUGCGCCGGGCCGGUACCUACAGCGAUCAAGAAUUUGACACUUACAGCCUGGAAGACGAGGAGGACGAGUUCUGCUCCGUUCCCCAGAGACGGCAUCACUUCAGCCCCUCGCCCUUAGGUUCCCCCCGGUGCCUGUCCCCCUCCACCUCCAACCACGGUCAGGAAUACAGCAGCCGACUCGCGGCCCCACGCUCAAGAACUCCAAGACGAUCUCUCCAGGGCCCCAGUGCAGAGCUGAUUAAAUUUGCCAAGAGUGAAGAGGAGUUGAGACACAGCAUGCCUAAUCUGGCCCCCCGCACCAGCCUACGUUCCCUGGAAGCAGUCAGAAACAGCCGCAGCAUGGAGGCUAACCUCCAGAGCUCUGGCAACCGCAUGUCCCACCUGACUCACUCCCCUUCCACAGGUAUGGCUGGUAGUCGAAUGCGUGGCACUGGCCAGUCUCCACUCUCCAUGCGGACUCCAGUUAAAGCCGUCAGUCCAGUGGGCCCCAUGGCAGGCAGCCGUCAGCCUUCACGAGGUCUGCCUGUCAUCCAAGGACCGUCUGCGGGAGGAGGUCGCAGGGUCCAGUCCCCGGGCUCAGCCAAUGGCAGAGCCUACGUACCAGGGAGAGCCUCAGCUGGGGCAGGGAGGUCUGCUGUGGGUCAAGGACAAGCUGGACCAACUGCAUCCACCAGGAGUAAACUCUCACAACCAACCAGAAGGUCUAUGGGCGUGACAAGACUAUCAGAUGAAUCUUGGAAAGAUGGCUGCUACUGAGUCGGAUCGGUGAUGAAGGAUGUUCACUGCUGCAGUCUUCACCUGACCUCUCCCCAUUACCUCUCAGAAUAUAACAAAAACACAGCCACUGAUUCCGCACCAGUGUUUUACAACUUUCCCCCAUUCUGGACUGGAGAACUGGGCUGCACUGGAUUCAUAGUUGAAACUCAUCAAUUUCUCUCGCAUGAAACAUUUGUCAACCCACACACACACAGAGGACGUGUAGGCAGACAAAAAAAAGGCACACUUGCUUCCUCCACUUGUUAUACGGACCAACUCUGAGCUUCCAGAAGAUUUGUUUGUGUCAAUUUUACUUAUUUUUCUAUGGUAACCGUGAGAAACUGCUGGAAUAUAAAUGGUUUUAAUUAUUGUUCUAUAGAUGUAAUUGCUAUGAAGACAAUUCAAAUGAAGUUAUUGCUGGUUUGUUCAUUUUUAUGUGAAUUCCUACUAGAUGAAGGUGCUGAGUGUUGCAUGCUUGGUUUUGUUUUUCCCUUUUACCUCCAGCCUUUGCCAUUGUCAUGUAACUGCAAUUUGACAAAUCUUCCACGUGUCCCAUGAUGAUCUGUGUGGAUUUUUUUGAAGGUUUGAGUGGUUCAAAGUGAAGUUAUCGUAGGCUAUGUUUGUGUUGUAUUUGUGUUUUGCACUUGCUAACACGGCAAUGCAACUCCUCUCAACAACACUGUCCUCAUGAAUAUAUAUUUAAAAAAAGAAAAGUGUGCCAAUGUGCAUUUCAGCUGCAAAAUUUUCUAAUUCCAGAAGUAAUACCGGGUGAUUGAAGGUACUGUUAACGUACUGUGUUUUCCAGGCAUUUCUACUGCAUAUCUAGAGGUGUGUCUGCUUUUGGAUACCACUGUAACAAAGAAGUUUAUGCACGGAGGCCGUGUGCCUUACACAGCUAUGCACCCUCUUGCAGAGUGCAUCUGACAAUUAGAAGAAAUAAUAAAGUCUACCCUGAACCUUUAA